AACCAAAAAAGAAGGUUGGAAGAGGGACAGAGGGAGUGGUCGGGACACGGUAGAAAGAGGAAGGGUGAAGUGGUGGUCCCCGACAGUGACAACGUUGAGCUUCAAUUUUUAUUCUGUUUACAAUGUGCUUUAUCAUUACCUCGUUGGCCAAAUCUAUCAGAAAACAGUAGAUUUGGAAGUUCUUCACAACUUCAUCAGGGAGAAGAGUCUAUAAGACAAACAUCAUGUAAAUCUAUAGAACAAAAUUUACUAACAACAUGUGUUGGAAGUAUUACAGAAUUAGGAGAUCUUUUGAGUCGAGUAGUUCAGUACCAUAACAGAGUGCAGCUUAAUUCUUCAGGUAGACAUAAUAUAGCAUGGGGACCUGGUGCUUUACAUUCACUUUAUUAUUUCAUGCGUUGCUCACAAUUAGAGCAUCCUGAUCAUGUCUGUCCUCGUGCUCCAGUACAAGAACUCAUAUAUGAAAGGAUCUGUGAUGAAUAUGUUUAUAUUGGAAAACAAACUGAUGAAUCAGAGUGUGCACAUUUAUUAAAAGUAGAUUUGGCUUUCCGUAUGCUCACUUCCGGAAGAACUGAUCUCAUUCCUCAUGCUUUACAAAUAUUGCCUCCUUCUCGUGUAAAUACUUUAAAUGAACAUGGUUUAACACCUUUAAUGUUAGCAUGUAUAAGAGGUGAUGAAGCGAUGGUUCAUAUGCUUAUGGAUGCAGGAGCCGAUGUUGAUAUGGAGACUCCAUCAUGUAGCAGUCUUCAUCCAUUUGCUAAUCCUGAAACUCAACAUUGGACAGCUUUAACAUAUGCUACAACUCAUUGUCAUUUAUCAGUCAUUAAACUUUUGCUUGAGAAAGGAGCAAAUGUUGAAGGAGGAGCUUGUUUAAAUGAGGAUAAAGUCACUGAAACACCUUUACAACUUUCAGCUGCAUCUGGACGAAUAAAAAUGGUUGAAUUACUGCUAUCUUACAAUGCACAUCCAUUUUUAUCAACAACACUACACGAUUCAUUAAGUUAUAGUGGUGCUGCUCAAAGGGGAUGCUACAGUGCUAUUGCAGUUGCAGCAGCACAUGGACAAAGAGCUAUUUUACAUAAACUUCUAUCACAUCCAAUGGCAAAAAGUAAUAAGGAUGUACUGUCAUUGGAAGAAAUAUUAGCAGAAGGUGCCUCACAACUUACUAGUGAUAAAAGAACAACUAAAUUACAGAUUGUGCCAGCUUCUGUCGAAGAAGGACAAAGAUCUACAAGUAAUUGUAGCAAUUUAGCAAGUUCUGAUGUAAGCCAAGUAAUUAAAUUAACAAAGACUCAAUUAAAAUCUUUGCAAGAAGCAAUGUAUCAUAGUGCAGAAAAUGGAAAUUUGGAGAUAACGUUAGAUCUCAGAAAUAUUGGUGUUCCAUGGACUCUUCAUUGUUGGAUGCAUACAUUAGCAACUGCUCAUGACUUACAACUGGAAAAUAUCAUUGAUCAAUUACUUCAAGAUUUUCUUCAUGGUUGGCCAGAAGAUUGUAGUUCUCAAUUUGUUGAUGAAUGUCUACCUCUGUUAUUUACUAUAUUCAGACAUAGUAAAAAAGAAGGCACUAGUCUUUUAUUGGCUGAUAUUUUUUCAACUUGUUAUGGUAAAGAACCAAUAAAAACAAUUCAUGAUGUAUCAUUUGUGGGUGGUGCAAGAAUAGAUCCAAAGUAUGUAAAUAAUCCCGAAAUGUCAGAUGUUCAGUUCCGAGUUGAAGGAAGAGUUUUUUAUGCUCAUAAAAUUAUUUUAGUAAAUGCUUCUCCACGCUUUAAAUCUAUGUUGUCUUCUAAAUGUAGUGAUGAAACACCACCAGUUGUUCAGAUAAAUGAUAUUCGUUAUGACAUAUUUCAGUUAGUAAUGCAAUAUUUGUAUAAAGGAGGAUGUGAAGAAUUUGAUAUUGAUCAGAAUGAUGUAUUAGAGUUAAUGGCUGCAGCAGAAUUUUUUCAAUUAGAUGGUCUUUUGAGAUUCUGUGAGGCUCAAAGUUCAAGAUUUGUUGACUUAGACAAUGUUGUUUCAAUGUAUGUUCAUGCAAAAGUUUAUAGUGCAUCACAUCUUCUUGAAUUUUGCCAAGGUUUCUUAUUACAGAAUAUGGUAGCCUUGUUAACCUACGACGAUAGUGUACGAAAACUUAUAUUUGGAAAGAAGCUACACAAUCACGAUGUUCUGAGUGGAUUGUUACUAACAUUACAAGCUCGAAUUAAAGAAAGAUCUCAAGGCAAUAAAUCUUCAAUCAUAGGAAAGUAAUUAACUCUAGAGGUUUAUAUACUUGUUAAGAAAAUUUAUUAAGUUUUAAUUUUUUUUAAUUUUACAUAACAUCAUUAAAAAUUUUAAAUUAAAACAAAAAUUGGCAUUUUAUUCUGUAUAAAUACAUAUUAAAUUAGAUUGUUUCAUAAAAAUGAUAAAAAUUUAAAUUAUGUAUUUCAGUAUCUUUAAGAUUUGGACUCAACUUAUCCAAUAUUUAAAAAAAAAAAAGACAAAUUUUAAUCUAUGUGAUGUCUACAAUUGUUUCUUGCAUGCCAUUUAUUUUUAAUAUUUCUAGUUAUAUUGCAAGAAUUUCAUUAUUUGUUAUCAAAUCUGUAUUGUAUGUUGUUGUUAUGCAUACAUCAAAACAGAACUUCUGUGAUUUAUUACAUAUUCACUUAGUUUUUGUAGUAAAAUAUAUAAUUAUUUACUGUAUAAAAUAUAUACUUUUGUACAUAUGUUAAAACAUGUUGCAGAAAGAAGCAACUUGCCAAUGUUUUAAUAUUGUUCAACAAAUCUGUUCAUUCCAUUGUUAUAAUAGAUAAAUUAUUAUUCAUAUUUUAUUUUAUUACGCAACAUUCCAAGAAUAAGAUUUAUUAAUUUAUAAA